AUGGCUGAAAGUACCUCUGCUACUAUCACCACUGCUUCUGCGGGUCAACUUCACCAUGUUAACAUGGCGAACGUUACCAAACUCACUGCAUCAAACUUCAUGAUGUGGAGUCGCCAGAUCCGUGUCUUGCUCGCCGGAUAUGGUCUUGCCGGUUACCUUGAUGGAACGACCGUGGCUCCUACUCCCACUGUUCUUUGUGAAGGUCACACCAUUCCUAAUCCUGAGUAUGUUCUUUGGCAACGACAGGAUCAACUCAUUGUUGCGAGUCUCCUUGGUACAAUCUCGGUUGAGAUUCAGCCCAUCCGCUCUAAGGCGUCAACCACCACACAGAUCUGGGUUCUUCUUACCUCUACCUAUGCGAAACCUACAUGGAGACACAUUAAACAACUCCGGGAACAGAUCAAGCAAUGGCGUAAAGGUACUCGAUCUGUUGAUGAGUAUGUUCAAGGUCUUGUCUCUCGUUUUGAUCAGCUCGCUACGUUAGGCAAACCAUACGAGCAUGAGGAACAAAUUGAAUACUUACUUGCUGGUCUCCCAGAGGACUAUAAGCCCAUCGUUGAUCAAAUAGAGGGACGUGACUCUCCACCCACAAUGCCGGCGCUCCAUGAGAAGCUCAUUAAUUUUGAACUGAAGCUUCAGUCUCAAGCAUCUACUAUAUCCGUUGCUCCCGUUACUGCUAAUGUUGCUUUCAACAAGUCUUAUGGCCACUCCAACAAUAACAACAACUACCAGUCCCGCAAUCCACGUAACUCCUCUCGUGGCUCUUCCUCCUCUUCGUCCCGUGGUGGUCACGGCAAAGGAUAUUAG